AUGGCAGACUGGAGUCUGGCAGGGGAGCUAGCACGACUGGAGAGUCUGGAUCUAAAUACCGGCGAGCAACCCAGACGGCUCGGCGUCUCCUGGAACAAUCUCACCGUCAAAGGUGUCGAUGCCGAUGCAGCCUUCAACGAAAACGUAUUGUCCCAGUUCAAUAUCACCAACAAACCCACCAAAGGGGCUGAGCUAAAGACCAUCAUCGAGUCCUCUUAUGGCUGCGUGAAGCCCGGCGAGAUGCUACUGGUUUUGGGCCGCCCAGGAGCUGGAUGUACGACCUUACUGAGCAUACUCGCCAACAACCAACGAGGAAACAAAGAAGUCACCGGAGAGAUCAACUUUGGGUCCAUGGAUCCUACCGAAGCACAGGCAUAUAGAGGUCAGAUCGUCAUGAACAACGAGGAAGAAGUCUUCUUUCCAACCCUUUCCGUUGGCAACACCAUCGACUUUGCCACUCGCUUGAAUGCUCCUCGCCAACUCCCCCAAGGCAUCAAGACACAAGAAGACUAUGCUCAGGCUUACAAAAACUUCCUAUUGGAGUCGGUCGGUAUCUCGCACACGAAAAACACAAAGGUCGGAGAUGCCUUCACCCGCGGUGUCUCUGGUGGCGAGAGGAAACGCGUAUCGAUCCUGGAAUGUCUGGCUACUCGUGGGGCUGUCUAUUGCAAAGACAACUCUACCAGAGGUCUCGAUGCUAGUACCGCUCUUGAGUACAUCAAAACGAUCCGAGCCAUGACCGAUAUUCUUGGACUUUCAACUAUCGUCACAUUGUACCAAGCGGGUAAUGCCAUCUAUGAGCAAUUCGACAAAGUCCUCGUUCUUGACGAGGGUAAGCAAUUGUUUUACGGUCCUCGGGAAGAUGCUGUGCCAUUCAUGGAAGACCUCGGCUUCGUCUGCGUUGAUGGCUCAAACAAGAGUGACUUCCUCACCGGAGUGACUGUUCCCACAGAACGCAAGAUUGCCUCAGGCUAUACCGACAAAUUCCCUCGGACGGGCAGUGACAUCGCUCGGGCAUACGAGCAAUGGCCCGCCAGAGCCAACAUGCUUGAGGAAUGUCAAAGCUAUCCCCAGAGCGAGACAGCGAAGAAAGAUACCUUGGCUCUACAGGAGUUGAUCGGUACCAAGAAACACAAGGGUCUCAGAGACUCUCCAGUAUCAGCAAAGUUCUCCACGCAGGUGCGGGUGUCUGUAGUCAGACAGUGUCAACUUUUGUGGGGAGACAAGUGGACACUGUUCAUCAAGCAGGCUGCAACACUCGUGCAAGCUCUCAUAGGAGGAUCUCUCUUCUAUGCUGCUCCUCAGAACAAUCUCGGCUUGUUCAUCAAAGGCGGAGCCAUCUUUUUCUCGACCUUAUAUCAUGCUUUGUUGGCCCUCGGCGAAGUCACGGAUUCGUUCACUGGAAGACCUGUCCUAGCAAAGCAUCGUGCGUUUGCUUACCACCAUCCGGCAGCCUUUGUCAUCGCUCAGGUCGUUGUUGACCUACCAAUCCUGAUGUUCCAAGUUGGUCACUUCAGCAUUGUACUCUACUGGAUGACUGGUCUCCGGGCUACAGCUUCUGCGUUCUUAACAUUCCUGACUAUAGGCUACAUCAAUGCCUUGACCAUGACUCAGUACUUCAGAGCUAUCGGAGCUGCCUUCCCGACUUUCGACGCGGCAACCAAGAUUUCUGGUCUUACAUUCGUUUCAUUUUUCAUCUACAUGGGUUACAUGGUUGCCAAACCUUUGAUGCAUCCUUGGUUUGUGUGGAUUUUCUGGAUCGAUCCCAUGGCUUAUACUUUCGAAGCUCUCAUGUCAAAUGAGUUCCACGACACCGUCAUGCCAUGCGUUGGGCCGAAUAUUGUUCCUAAUGGACCCGGUUACGGGACUGGCGUAGGCGGACAGUCGUGUGUCGGCGUUUCUGGUGCUGCUCCAGGUGAUACAAGCGUUCUCGGCGAUAACUACCUCGCCAGUCUAUCAUACUCGCAUUCCCAUGUGUGGCGCAAUUUCGGCAUCCUAUGCGCUUGGUGGGCGCUCUUCAUUGCAGUCACAGUCUUCUUCACAUCUCGAUGGAAAUUGGCUGGGGACGGAGGCAGAAAGUUGCUCAUUCCUCGCGAACAACAGAGAAAGUCGAGACAUCUGGCACAACCUCAAGACGAGGAGUCACUGGAAGCCAUCUCGGAAAAGAAGGGCGAUUCGUCUAUCAGCUCCGAUCAGAACGUCACUGGCAAUCUUAUCGAGAACAAGAGCGUCUUUACCUGGAAGAAUCUUACCUACACAGUCAAGACACCCGAUGGCGAUCGUGUGUUGCUGGACGAUGUACAGGGCUACAUCAAGCCCGGAGUACUGGGCGCCCUCAUGGGAUCUUCUGGCGCAGGCAAGACUACGUUGUUAGACGUGCUAGCUCAGCGCAAAACCCAAGGUACCAUCCAAGGCUCGGUCUUUGUCGACGGCAGACCUGUUCCCAUCUCGUUCCAACGCUCAGCCGGCUACGUCGAACAGCUUGAUAUCCACGAGCCUCUAGCGACUGUUCGUGAGGCCCUGGAAUUCUCAGCUCGCCUUCGCCAGCCGCGAGAGACACCAGACCAUGAGAAAUUGCAAUACGUGAACACGAUUAUAGAUCUAUUGGAGCUGAACGCCCUGGAACACACUCUCAUCGGUACCCCUGGCUCCGGCUUAUCGGUCGAGCAGCGUAAACGAUUGACAAUCGGUGUUGAAUUGGUCGCAAAGCCUAGUAUUCUGAUCUUCCUUGAUGAGCCAACAUCCGGACUGGAUGGUCAGGCCGCAUUCAACACCAUCAGAUUCCUGCGCAAGCUCGCAGCUGCAGGACAAGCCAUCUUGGUGACAAUCCACCAGCCGUCAGCUCAACUGUUCUCCCAAUUCGACAAGCUGCUCCUACUCACAAAAGGUGGCAAAACCGUCUACUUCGGUGACACCAACAAGAUCAAUGAUUAUUUGAGCCGCAACGACGCCCCUUGUCCUUCGGAGGCGAACCCUGCCGAGCACAUGAUUGACGUCGUCACGGGCAGAGGAGCUGGUGAAGGCAAAGAUUGGAAUCAGGUCUGGCUCCAAUCCAACGAGUACACAGAGCUCACCAACGAAAUCGACACCAUGAUAUCGGAAGCGUCCUCCAAACCCACAUACGUGAAUGACGACGGCAACGAAUUCGCUGCAUCAAUGUGGACGCAAACGAAACUGGUCACUCAGCGCAUGAAUGUGUCCCUCUACCGCAACACCGAGUAUGUGAUGAACAAGAUCGCAAUGCACGUGCUACUGGCUCUGCUGAACGGAUUCACCUACUGGAUGAUUAGAGAUUCCUUGACUUCGCUGCAACUGAACCUGUUUACCGUGUUCAACAUCAUUUUCGUGUCGCCCGGAGUCAUCGCACAGUUGCAGCCUCUGUUUAUCGAUCGUCGCGACAUUUACGAAGCAAGAGAGAAGAAGAGUAAAAUGUACCACUGGGGCCCAUUCGUUACCGGUUUGAUUGUCUCGGAAUUCCCGUACCUACUGAUCUGCGGUCUGUUGUACUAUGUUUGCUGGUACUUUACUGCCGGACUCCCCAACUCGACAUACUCGGCGGGCAGCACAUUCUUCGUCAUCAUCAUGUUCGAGUUGGUCUACACAGGUGUCGGACAAUCCAUCGCUGCAUACACGCCCAAUGCCGUCUUCGCCUCUUUGGUAAACCCGCUGGUCAUUGUAACACUCGUCUCUUUCUGCGGUGUCGUCGUUCCAUACAGUCAAAUCCAGCCAUUCUGGAAGUACUGGCUAUACUACAUCGACCCAUUUAACUACAUCAUGUCCAGUCUGCUCGUCUUCACGACUUGGGACAAACCAGUCAACUGCAAACCCAGCGAAAUCGCCCUCUUCGAUCCUCCCUUUGGUCAAACCUGCGCCGAGUACCUCAGCGCCUAUCAGAGCGGCAUGGGCGCCGCGACAAACCUGCUGAAUCCCAAUGCCAGUGCCGGUUGUCAGGUUUGCCAAUACACGACUGGAGCUGAUUACCUACGCACAUUGAAUCUCAAUGAGAAGAGCUAUGGAUGGAGGAAUGCGGGUAUCUCUGUGGUAUUUGCUGUUGGCAUUUACGGUCUCGUGUUUUUGUUGAUGAAGCUCAGGACUAAGCAGACUAAGAAAGCCGAGUCUUAG